AUUUUUCGACAAGUCGAGCCUCGGACAAGUCGUGCUCGACUUUUAACUUUUUUUUAUUUUUUACGAACGAACGAAUCGCUAUCGAUCGGUAGUAUCGAUUUCUUUACGAAUUUUUACGCAUACGUAUACGCAACAAGUUUUUUCGUGCGAAUUUUUGUUUUUUUUUUGUCAUUUUUGCGUGUUUUAUUUUCAUACUUACGAUAAUUUCCUCCGAAAUGGCGUUUUUGGAUCAGAAGGAAAUCACUCAUUUCCUUGCUCAGGAGUUAUUAUAUCAGCAGUUUAUAACUCUUGAAGGCCUCAAUUCCGGAGUCCCAACUCGAACCACACCUACUUUGACUCCAACCACGUUACGAAACAUUGAGCAAACUUUUAUUGAGCUCCAAUCGAAACCCGAGAGCCACGAAAAUGAAGCGGGAUUUGUACCACCAAUAGUGCAUUCUUUAGGUCACAACCAAUAUAUCUCCGCUUCAGACGCAGAUAGUUUUUCAUCUAAAUCUCAACCGGCUUGGCACAGUAGUACUCUUUCCCAAUCAAGCUCGGAUUGUGAUACCCGUUUGACUCCCCCUUUAUCCCAGAAAAGCUCUGGCGGACAGUCUCGCAGAAACAUGGGAGGUAGAAAACCGACCAAAGAUCUCAAUUGCAGCCCGGAAGAAGAGGAGAGGAGAAGAAUCAGAAGAGAAAGAAACAAAGCCGCUGCAGCCAGAUGCAGAAAGAGAAGAGUUGACCAUACUAAUUCGCUCGUAAUGGAAACUGAAGAGCUUGAACACAAGAAGCAACUGCUUCAGGAUGAAAUGCAUGAACUCCAACAAAUGAAAGAACAUCUAGAAUAUCUCCUCGAGUCUCACAAGGCGCAGUGUCGCUUGAGUACCCAAAGUCCCCCAGACAUCAAACCAUACAACCACUACAACAACGAACGUGUUAAGUCCGAAUACAUAGAACCUUUACAUGAUAUUUUCUUACUUCCUAGUCCUACGAAAAAAGUGAUGUUAAGUUCCACAGUGCCAAUCUCGAAACCUACCAGACCUAGCACUUUAAAUGUAGGAGCCACAGCCCCCAAAUCAGUAUCAGACAUCCUUGGAGGCCCUGUGUCUACUCCCUCUACCGGAAUAAUGUUCAACUUUGAUUCUCUAAUGGGCGGAGGUACCGGUUUGACACCUGUAUCCGUCGCAACGCCGCUAGUGCCAUCUUGUAGUUCACAACAGAGGAAUAUUCCGGUUAGUAUGGCUGAUAUGGUGUCUCCUGAUUGUGGGCCACCGAAGCUCGUCAGUCUCUGAGGGCUGGAGUGCGACAUUUUUGUUGUGUAAUGUCUUGUUUAGUCUUUUGUUUGUUUCUUUUUUGUUUAGUCAAUUUAAUUGCUUUGCGAAUGAGUAUCAAUAUCAAGCCAUGUUAUUGUUCAGCAAGUUUUUGGAACUUUGUUGGAGGAUAACCGGGCAAUUGAGAGUUGGCAAUGAAGUUUUUAUGUUGGUGUAUGUAUAUGAAUAGUUUGUGGAUAAUUGAUUAUAGAACUCUUUAUAUUUUUUCAUUGAAAAAUAUAGUCUUAAUUGUUAAAAAGUUAUCUUCAUUCCAGUGAUGUAUUAAUGCAAUGUAAUUUCUGAAGCUAUUUAUAUAAUCAGUUAUGCCCAAAGAUUCAAUUGCUUUUUGUCAAACGACUAAAUUUAUUAUUCAAUAAAUUUUACACACAUUUGCCAACUCUUGACUAAAUUGCUGCGAAGUCAAGCAAUAUUUUUCGAAAUGACAUCGAAUGCAUAUACAAAAAUAAUUUAUAUAGUCAUAAGAGUAUUAGAGAUAUUAAUGCGCAAUUUCUAUUUAUUAUAACUGAAACCAAAGUGAAGUGCAAUGGCACAGUGCAAUGAAAUUAAUAAAUAUAUUUUAAAUAUUCAAAUUGUAUUUUAUUUCAAAUCCCAACUUUUUCUUUGGGAAAAAAAGCAUAAUGUAAGUUCAUUAGAUAAAAAUCAUCCUAGUCAAGUCAUUUUAAUUCGUGUAGUUAAUUCCAGAGAUAUAUUUUGAAACUCUUGCGUAGGCAUAGUGUAAUUACCCAUUUUUAAUUAUGAAUUAGUAAUUUUCCGAUCUUCAAAUAGACUGACCAGUAGAUAUACAGCACCGGUUCAAGACCAGAAGUGACCAAGUUAAAGUCUUAAUUUUUGAUGCAGGUUCCGCUGACAUGAUCAACCUCUACCCUUAAACCACAGCGUGUCCCAGCAAGGACAGCAUGCUAUAGCUGACAUUAAGAUGUCUGCAGCUGUGGCACGCUGUCUUUGGGUAUCUGUGAUACCCUGUCUCUCGCUUUAGGGUGAUGUCAGCGGCACCUGUAGCAAAAAAGCAGACUUUAGUUUGACCACUUAUCUACCCUGGCCCAAUGUAUUAAAGUAUAUUAAAGAUACAUACACAAUGUGUAACGGAAAUUAUUCUUCUUUCAUUUAUGGAACGUGUAAAUUUUUUUCUGUUUUGUUGGUAGCUAUUAAAAAUAGUCUUUUUCAAGUACAUCAUAACCUAUAGCGUUUCUGUGGUGACAUUAAAGAGCUUGGUGAAUUGAUCAACGUUAUUCACCACUAAUAAACAGAAAUACUGUCAAUUUUUUCCUUGUAUCUGUUCUAUUUGUUGUGAUAUUCUGAAUUCUGAAUUAUUGCCAAUGUGUGAGUUAAAUGGUUUGCUAUUACACAUUCUAAAACUAAAAUAGCUCUGCACAAGACAGAAAAUUGUAAGUUGGCGUCUACUACAUUCCUAGACGUGGCCAUAAAAGUUUCGUCGUAUGCUUUGUUUUUUUUUUGCCCCUCAACAAGAAAUUAUUACAUUAAUAGGAGUAAACGAAUAAUUCAAGAGGGUUAAUUAACAUCAAGUCAAUAUAGUGAUAUAUAUAGAACUAAAUAAAGAGAAGAAAAAAAUGAUUUAAUACAUUUUCCGAUUGAGGUAGUAUCUUUAAAAGGGCAUAACAGUAAGACUCAGUUAUUGUACCAAUGUUUUGUGUGACAAAUUGUAUGGAAAUUACCGAACGCGAAUUAAUUUUUUAUGUAGUGCAUCAAUAUCUCUAAUCCCAUCAUAAAAACAACGAAAUAAGUAUUUCUUCAUGUCUUCUUUUUAUUUUUCAUCGAAUGGCCUUAAGAUCUCGCGUUUUUGUAAAUUAGAAAGUCUUAGAAUUGAUUAUAGUGUUAUAAAAAAGGACGUUGAAAAAUAAAAAGAAUGUGCAUACGUGCAAGCUUCGACUCUUUCGCAUAGCAGCAUACACAACAUUUCUUCAGUUGUAUAUUUACAAAGUAUAUUUGUUAUUUUAGGAAUCAUAAUACUUAAGAAAGCUUAGCCGAAACAAUCAAAGUUGGACUUUAGUCAAAAAUAUUGAACAACCUCUGGGAAAAAUGUCUCAUGUCCAACACUUUUACCAUGUUUAGUCGACCCGACAUUAAACCAAAAAAUAUUUAUUGAUAGGAGACGAAUUUUAAGUGUCAUAGUAUUUACGUUUUAUUUAUUUAUAUAGUUAAUUUUUUCUUGUGAGGUUCAUCUGUGAACAGUAUUUUGUUAAUGCAGAUAUGAUCAACUAGUACGUCAAAAUGUGUUGUAAAGAAAUGUGAUAUUCAGAGUAUAUUUAUUAGUUACAAAUUUGAAAUUGAUUAUAUAGUAAAACAACCUAAAACGUUAACCCUCUCGCUUCGGUGAGUAUGCAACCAGUAUCACGCUGCGCGGAGGUACUCUGUCAAUAAAAGUUACAAAAGAAUAAUUCAGCAAAAGCUAACAUGUGUGGCCAUUAAUAUUUACGUAACUUUCAAGAAUAAAAUAUUUCCUAAUUCGAGUGUGAAAGUAAAAUAACUUAUUUGAGACAUCCGAAGCCAAUUCUAAUGGAGAACAGGUGUUAGACUCUAAAUUUAUCUAUAUCACACUGUAAUAAAAAUAAGUAGAAACAAGGGGUCAUGGAGAACCAUUUGUAGGUAAUAAAAUUAUGGAUAUGAUGCCAGAUUUAAAGACUAAUAGCUGACUUAACACCCAGUCACACUAAUAAUGUACGAUACCAUUUUCAUCUUUUAUAUAGACAGGGAAUGACGUGUCUUCAAUUAAGCAACAAUAUAUUUAAAAUUGUUAAUUCAAAUAUUAAGACUUAAUUAGGAAUCUCUUAGUGGAAUCGCCACAUACCACUAUUUAAACUCAUUAAUAUAUUCUACAGUGACAUCUAGAUCAUCGGGUGCCAAUUGUUUAACGACACUUGAGGUGUCGUUUUAUUGCUAAACAAUAUGACACCCAGUGAUCUAGGUGGUAGCGUUAUUCUUACACAUUGGUUGCUAUAUUGUUACACAUCGUCCCCACGUUAGGCGCCAAUUUUAGCCUCGGCUAAAACAGUUAAAACCCGAUUUUACUAAAUGUGCGUUCUGAGCAAACGCAAAAAUGUCAAGUAUUCUUUUGAGUAUCGCAUGAUUCAGUUAUUGAUUAAACAGAAAUUUAAAAAUAAAACAUGAAACUGAAUAAUCAGUAUGUUUUUAAAAUUAUUUUUGACAUUUCUACCAGCUUAACGCGGGAAAUUCUUAGAUACAGUGCCAUAAAUCUCAAUUUGAAAUUAGUUUUCAUGCUCAGAAAAAACUUUCAUUCAUUAUAUUUAAAACAAAGUUUGAAUGGUAUAUUGCAUGUAGAAUAUUUACACUGUGGGCGCCAUCGACAUAUUGAAAGAUAGAAACAACGCUGGAAGUAUGUACAAAUGGUUAUCCUCAGUGAAAUACUAAAUUAUACAUUGUUACUUACACCAAUAGUUUUCUUUUCAUUUUGUAACUAAGUAGCAAAUGUUUAUUCUUGUACUGGUUUCUCAUAUAUGCAAUUUAUAACGAGGUAAAGAUCUAACUGCAACAGAAGUAACGACAAUCUAAUAACAUAGAGCAUAUAUUUAAAUGCUGGUUUAAAUUAUCAAUACUUUAAGUCUUUCAAAAUGCCUCUCAUAUUAAUCGGAUUCUCCAGAUUUUUCACUCUUUUCAUUCUCUUUUUGACCUCAUUAUUUAAAGAAAUGUUGUUCUAGUCUUUUGUACUGAUUCACCUUUACUGGGGCUAGUUUUUCUGGCCAUAGGACCAGAGGUAGUCUUCGUAGAUAUCUCAUUUGUGUUCUCUCUAAUAGGGUAUCAGUUCUUGUUUACAAUUUUGACUUUUAGUAAACAUACUGAUAUAAUUCAAAAAAAUCGAGACAUUAGUAAGUUGUAAUUGCUUUAAUUAUUCCUUCUUUUUACUACUACUUCAGUUUUUCUUUUUCUUUAUUAAGUGCCAUUCAAUUUUUGUGUGUGACAGUUUAAAAUUGACUGACAGUUGACAAGACUAAUAACUAUAUUAACGAAUAAUGGACCAAUGGCACGUAAACACAAAAUUAACCAUUAAUUGACAAUAAAUGUUAAUUAAUGACAUCAAACCUUGCAUUAUCUGUGAAAAUAUAAGUAAAGGUGAGCUCUAAAUACCUUCAUUAUUAUGUUUCCUUUAGUAUGAGAUAUCUUUUGAAAGCGCUAUUUGUUGUAUUGCGGUAAAGAAUCUUAAAUAUCCAACUACCAGCUUUCCAUGAUUACUUCCGAACCAUGUUGUGAGAUCAUUAACAAAAUAUCUUGUAGGUCACAGAUUUAACCCUAUUUUCUGUAAAUAAGUGCUAAACAUGGACCAAUUUGUUGAUUAAGUGCUCAAAACCUAUUUUCAUUGUGCUCCAAUAAUAUUCUGGUUUUUGGUUUUGCAAUAUAAAUUUUGACAUAUUGAGUUUAUACAGUUCUUAUUCAAUAUUCUGUUGCAAAUAUAUAAUAUAUUAAAAAUAACAUAUUUCAAUACCUAUUUAUUAUUAUUGUUAGAGACAAUUUGUUUAAUAUCUACUACUUCAGUCUUAAAUCUUAAUGUUUACUAGUGUAUUGCGAAACCACAGAACAGCCCAAAGAGUAAUAUAUAUUUUGCUAUGAAACCAUGAAAUGCCUUUUUAUAAAAGAGUCAUAUAUUUUCAAAUAGGAAAAAUAUUCCCUCCAUUACAAUUUUUUAAAUCAAUUUAAGAAUAUAUAAGAAUAUAUUUUUUGAUAUAGGAGUGCUUCUCAGAUAAAGCAAUUUGUGUUAUUACUUAUAGGAAUUUUAACAGGGGGUUACAAGAAGCUUGCCUAACCCUUUCUUUUAGAGUGUUGAGAAGGCUUUUUAGAAUUCCAUAAAUUUUUGUAGACGGGGCUAUUUAAGAAGUUUCUCCUUUUUUAAGAUUAUUAUAACGUGUUUACCGUACUUUUGCAAUAAUGUGCUUCUUGAAUGGCCUUGUAUGUUUAUAAGAUAAAAUUAUAUAAAAAUUUAAUAUAUUGAUACUAUAUUUCAGUAUACAUAGCAAUAUUAAGGGUUACAUUUUUUGUAAUCAGUCAAUUUUAUAAAGUAGUUUUUGUCGAAGUUUUGUAUUUAUUUGCUGUAAUGCUAAUAAGAUAAGAAAUACAUUGAUUUAUUAUUUUCU